GUGGAAUUUUAGAAGCCCACAGCCUUCAAAUUCCAGAAAACGGAAAUUCUGAAAUCUGUAACCACCGUCCACCGCCACGUAAAAAGGCUCUGAAAAGAGUGAGCUGAGGAGGAGCGAGUUGGACUCAGUAACUGUUUUAAUAACUGUUUAUUCAAAUGUCAGUUUCUUUUCCAUCCACUCUCUGUUAUGCUAUUUCCGCUCCCGCCGGCGCCGAUUUCACCCGCCUCCGUGUCCCAACUCGGUUAUCGAAGCAGCAUCCGAUUUCCUUGACUCGGCGUCGACUCGGUGCCGACGCCAUUCUCAAAUUCAGGAAGCCUCGUAGGCUGCUUUCUCUGUGCUGCUCGACGAUGCCUCUCGAGGGAGUCGCUACGACUUCCUUGCCUUCCGAGAGUAUCUUGUUGUACUCCAGAGCGUUUUGGGUCAGCAGAUCAAUAAUUGCUUGGAAUGUGGACGUUGAGGAUGGUGCAUGCUAUUUGUAUGCUAGCAGAGAUGCUAAAUUAUCAGUCACUGAUGAUGAAAUCCGAGGAUAUGAUGUUAAAAUUAAGCUUGAAGGAGGAGAAGACAGGCUUCCGCAAUAUGUAACUAAAAAAUUUCCUCAUAUUCAAAAUUAUAAAGCAUUCAAAGUCCCUCAAGGUAUGGAUUGUGAAAGUCUACUGAAACGCCAAUUGGCUGUUGCUAUCUUCACCACUGAUGGAAAAUGCAAGAGUGCUACUGGGUUGCAGCUACCUGGUAUCCUUGAUGAAUUGUUCUCUUACAGUGGGCCACUUGGUGCUGUUUUUUCAAAUGAAACUAUCUCUCUUUACCUCUGGGCACCUACUGCAACAGUUGUGCGCGCUUUCAUUUAUACGGACCCAUUGGGUGGUGAAGCCUUUGAAAUAGUUGAGCUCAAGGAGAUAGAUGGUGUUUGGACUGUUACAGUCCCAAGGCAUUGGGAGGGUUAUUACUAUACAUAUGAAGUGUCUGUCUAUCAUCCGACCACCUUGCAGAUUGAGAAAUUCUUAACCUGUGAUCCAUACUCAAGAGGUCUUUCUGCCAAUGGCAAGCGAACGUUGUUUGUUGAUCUUGAUUGUGAUAAUUUAAAGCCUGAAGGAUGGGAUAGUCUGGGGAAUGAGAAACCAAAUCUGCUUUCCAUGUCUGAUAUCAGUAUAUAUGAGCUGCACAUAAGAGAUUUCAGUGCCAAUGAUCAUACUGUACAUCCUGAUUUUCGUGGGGGUUAUCUUGCCUUCACUUUGCAGGACUCAGCUGGUGUCCUUCAUCUUAAGAGAUUGUCCAGUGCUGGUCUCACUCAUAUCCAUCUGCUUCCAACCUUUCAUUUUGCUGAUGUUGAUGAUGAAAAGCAUAAAUGGAAGCACGCAGAUACGGAGAAGCUGAAAUCUUUUCCACCAGAUUCAGAUGAGCAACAAGCUAUUAUCACAGCCAUCCAAAAUGAAGAUGGGUAUAAUUGGGGAUAUAAUCCUGUUCUAUGGGGUGUACCAAAGGGAAGCUAUGCUAGUAACCCAAAUGGUCCAAGCCGCAUCAUCGAGUUCCGCAAGAUGGUGCAGGCACUUAACCACAUUGGCCUCCGGGUUGUACUUGAUGUUGUUUACAAUCAUUUACAUGCAAGUGGCUGUCAUGAUCAGAACUCUGUUCUGGACAAGAUUGUUCCAGGUUACUAUCUGAGAAGGAAUACUGAUGGCUGUAUUGAGAACAGCACCUGCGUAAACAAUACAGCCAGUGAGCAUUUCAUGGUUGAACGCUUAAUUGUUGAUGAUCUUAUGUGCUGGGCUGUUCAUUAUAAGGUUGAUGGAUUUCGAUUUGACCUUAUGGGUCAUAUAAUGAAAAAGACCAUGGUGAAAGCAAAGUCACUGCUCCAAAGCUUAUCUAAGGAGGAGAGUGGAGUAGAUGGUUCAAAAAUUUUCAUAUAUGGGGAAGGGUGGGAUUUUGGUGAAGUGGCAAACAAUGGGCGUGGGGUUAAUGCAUCACAGUUUAACCUUUAUGGAACAGGAAUUGGAAGCUUCAAUGAUCGAAUUCGGGAUGCAUUACUUGGUGGAUCCCCAUUUGGUCACCCUCUGCAACAAGGUUUUGCUACUGGUUUGUUUCUGGAGCCUAAUGAUCAUGAUCAUGGUGGUAAAACUGCUUCUGAGCAUACCCUUACUGUACUAAAGGAUCACAUUCAGGUGGGAAUGGCUGGGAACUUAAAGGAUUUUGUACUAGUAAACCAUGAUGGAGAAGAGGUUAAAGGAUCUGAAAUUCUAAGUCACGAUGGCAAGUCUAUUGCAUAUACUUCUUGCCCUAUCGAAACUAUUAACUAUGUGUCUGCUCAUGACAAUGAAACUCUUUUUGACAUCGUUAGUUUGAAGACUUCAAUGGAUAUUUCUGUAGAGGAGAGAUGCAGGAUGAACCAUUUGGCAACCAGUGUGAUAGCCCUUUCCCAGGGAAUACCUUUUUUCCACUCUGGUGAUGAGAUUCUGCGAUCAAAAUCACUUGACCGUGAUUCAUAUAACUCUGGUGAUUGGUUCAACAGGCUGGACUUCAGCUACAAUUCUAACAACUGGGGUGUUGGUCUACCCCCAAAAGAGAAAAAUGAGAGGAGCUGGCCACUAAUAAAACCUAGAUUGGCUGAUCCCACUUUCAAGCCUCAGAAGAGUCACAUCAUUGCUGCUGUUGAAAACUUUUGUAAUCUUUUACAAAUCAGGUACUCCUCACCGCUUUUUCGUCUGGGCACGGCAAAUGCUAUUCAGGAAAGGGUACGAUUUCACAAUGUUGGUCCAUCAUUGGUUCCAGGUGUCAUAGUAAUGAGCCUUGAAGAUGGCUAUGAGGGAUUUCCAGGGCUUACUCAACUGGAUCCAAAAUAUUCAUAUAUAGUCGUCGUAAUCAAUCCAAGCCCAACCGAAGUCUCAUUUACCAGCCCUGCACUAUGUGCAAAAUCUCUUCAGCUGCAUCCAGUACAGAUGAACUCGAACGAUGCUACUGGCAAGAAUUCAACAUACGACGCUUCUGGUUGCUUCAAAGUACCGGCCAGGACAACAGCUGUCUUUGUUGAACCUCGAAAGAGUUGAGUGCAUCAUUGUGCAACACAACACUUAAAGAGUUUAAACCGAUAUGGUUAGAUUUAUGAUGAUUGUAUAAAUUUUAGUCAAAAUUUUACAUACAAAUAAUCCUUGAUGUGAUAAAGACACAAGGGUGAAAGUGUAGCAAACAACAUAAGCUUAAUAAUGAAAUGUACACAAAAUUUUA